AUGUCGUCUACCAACCAGGAGGCUGGCGCUCAGUCGUCCAGCUCCAACUCCAAUGGCAACACACCAGCUCCUUCCACUGCAGCGACGUCCAACUCGACGUCCUCAAGUGCUGGCCAAGAUGAGAGCCUCGUCUGCCGCUGGAACCAGUGUAAUGAGCGAUUCAACACUGCUGAGACUCUCUAUGAUCAUAUCUGCGAGCGUCAUGUCGGCAGAAAGAGCACCAACAACUUGAACUUGACUUGCCAGUGGAACUCCUGCCGGACAACCACUGUGAAGCGUGACCACAUCACCUCGCACAUUCGUGUGCAUGUUCCUCUGAAGCCACACAAGUGCGACUUCUGCGGCAAAUCCUUCAAGCGUCCCCAGGAUCUGAAGAAGCAUGUCAAGACACACGCAGAUGAUUCAGUGCUCGUACGGUCCCCGCAGGACCAGAGCGGCGGCUUGAGUGCAGCUUACAGAGCACACAGCGGCAAAGCUCCUUCUAGCUAUUAUGAUCACAAUGGCCAUAUCCGUACUAACUCGGCCGCCUUUGGUCAGCCACCGCACACCGGGCAUCCUAGCUACUAUUCCCACCCACCACCACCGCCCCAAGCAUAUGGCCCCAUCGGCUAUUACGGACAACACAUUAACACUAGAGGUGACUUCCUCACCCACUCUGCUGGUUUUGAUACCCGCAAGCGCGGCUAUGAUGACCUCAACGACUUCUUCGGCAGCGCUAAGCGCCGCCAGGUUGAUCCCCAUUCCUAUGCCCAGGUGGGCAGAUCUCUGAUGCCCCUGCACGGUGCGCUCUCCGUCCACACCGGAGGAAUCGCGACAGAGUACAUGGCUGCCGCUCCCAGCAUCGCCGUUGGUGCUGGUGCCGGCGGUCCGUCUCACGGCCCCCUCGCUCAGCACUACUACCUUCCUCCCAUGCCCAGCCUACGUACCAAGGGCGACCUAGAGCAGAUCGACUCUAUCCUUGAGCAGAUGCAGAGCACCGUCUAUGAGAACUCCGGCUCCUCUCCUGGCUCACAAUAUGCACCCGGCUUUGAUCUUCGUCAUCAAUCGCCCGUUUCUCGACCAAACAUCGGCAAUGAGCACUAUGCAGUCUCCGCAGCGCAGAUGCCCUCGCCCCUGACUGCCGUGUCUUCCACUCAUUCCACCGGCACCCCAGCACACACUCCGCCUUCCACCACCAUGUCAUACACAUCCGGACACUCGCCAAGCUCGUCCACCGGCCUGUCUCCUGGCGCACGGCACACUUCUUCGACAUCCGUCGCAUAUCCCACCCUCCCUGCCGUGACUUAUCCGGGUUCAACUGCCGCCACAACUCUCGGUUCAAGCUUUAACCCGGUUGAGCGUCGCCUUUCCGGCGGCAUGCUACAGAGUGCCCGUCGCGCAGCGGAUGAUGUGGAGAUGUCCACCGGCCCAAGACCUGUCGAGUCUUUCUCUUCUGUCAGCUCACCAUCUGAUGAGUCAGACAACGGGGGUGAGCCGGAGCCGUACGAGAACUGGCUUCAGAACGUCAGAGUCAUUGAGUUCCUCCGCGAGUAUGUCCAAGACCGUCUCAAGAAAAGGCAGUAUGAGGAAUCCAACUCAAGCGACGAUGAGCGCAUCGACCCAGUCCUUGCUGGACGAAACGAGGCGGAGAAGCCUCUCUACCCUGUGCUUCGUAUGGAUAUCGACUAA